AAGACGAAGAACAUUAGCUAGUUUUUUAAAACAAUUGACAAAUUUGUAGUUUAUAAUUAUACACUUAUUGCAUAUCAUUUAGGCCUAACUACGCACAUAUUAUGCAGUGGGUGGCUGGGCUGCAGCUGCUGCUGGUGACACUGCUUGCUAGCAGCAUCCUUGUUGAUGGUUUCUAUGUGCCCGGCGUGGCGCCCGUUGAAUUUGUGCGUGGGCAAAAAAUCGAUGUUAAGGCGGUUAAAAUGACCAGCAGUCGCACACAGUUGCCAUAUCAGUAUUACUCGCUAAGGUUCUGCUAUCCAAAGAACGGCACGCUGAUCUUUAAAUCUGAAAAUUUGGGCGAAGUGCUGCGCGGUGAUCGCAUUGUCAACACGCCCUACGAAGUGCAAAUGGCUGAGGAUGUCAACUGCAAGCUGCUGUGCAAUAAGAAAGAUCGCCCCAUGACUUGGAACAAAGAGGACUCUGCUAUGGUCGCCGAGCGUAUAGAGCAUGAAUACUUUGUGCACUUGCUUGUUGAUAAUCUGCCUGUGGCCACGCGCAUUGUAAGCGUCAACAAUCCCGCAGAUGUUACCUACGAGCACGGCUAUCGCUUGGGCCAAAUGGAUGGCGAGAAUAUUUACAUCAACAAUCAUCUGAAGUUUAUACUCUCGUAUCAUAUGUACACAAAGGAUAAAUAUCGCGUGGUGGGCUUUGAGGUCAUCACCAGCUCAGUGAGCCACAAGGAGUUGAAAUUCGAAGGCGAUAGCUGCAAUUUUCCAGACAAUCCGCAUCCACAGCUGGUGAACCCCAAUGGCGAAACGCAGCUCUACUUUACCUACUCGGUUAUGUGGAAGGAAUCGAAAGUUAGCUGGGCCUCACGCUGGGACAUUUAUCUGGGCAUGCGUGAUGUGCAAAUACAUUGGUUCAGCAUCAUCAACUCUUUAGUUGUGGUCUUCUUCUUGUCUGGCAUAUUGACCAUGAUUAUGAUACGCACAUUGCGACGCGAUAUAGCUCGUUAUAAUACCGAUGAUAAUAUAGAGGAUACACUGGAGGAAACUGGCUGGAAGCUGGUGCAUGGCGAUGUCUUUCGUCCGCCCAAAAAUACGCGUCUGUUCUCUGCUAUCAUUGGCAGUGGCAUUCAAAUAUUCUUUAUGGCGAUGAUUACCAUAUUCUUUGCCAUGUUGGGCAUGCUGUCGCCUUCAUCACGCGGCGCUUUGAUGACCUCUGGCAUCUUUAUGUAUGUAUUCAUGGGCACCAUUGCCGGCUACUAUGCGGCGCGUCUGUAUAAGACUAUGAAAGGACGCGAGUGGAAGCGCGCUGCUUUUCUCACGGCUACGCUUUAUCCGGGCAUUGUUUUUGGCACGGGCUUCUUUUUGAACUUUUUCAUAUGGGAUAAAUCGUCGAGCGGCGCAGUGCCGUUUACCACAAUGAUAUCGUUGCUCUUACUUUGGUUUGGCAUUUCGGUGCCGCUGGUUUAUCUAGGCUUCUACCUCGGCUAUCGCAAGCAACCAUAUCAGCAUCCGGUGCGCACUAACAUGAUACCGCGCCAAGUACCCGCCCAACAUUGGUAUAUGAAUGCUGCGCUCAGCACUUUGAUGGCUGGUAUCUUGCCUUUUGGCGCUGUUUUUAUUGAGCUGUUCUUUGUGUUUACAGCCAUCUGGCAGAAUCAGUUUUAUUAUUUGUUUGGCUUUUUGUUUUUGGUAUUCUGCAUUUUGGUUGUCAGCUGCGGGCAAAUUUCUAUUGUCAUGACAUACUUUCAAUUGUGCGGCGAGGAUUAUCGGUGGUGGUGGCGCAGCUUUAUAGUUUCUGGCGGCUCGGCUGUCUAUGUGCUUUUCUAUAGCAUAUUUUAUUUCUUUACCAAGCUGGAAAUUACAGAGUUUAUACCCACAUUGCUUUACCUGGGCUAUACAGGUCUGAUGGUGCUUACAUUCUGGCUGUUGACCGGCUCCAUUGGCUUCUUUGCUGCCUACGUUUUCAUACUGAAAAUCUACGGCGCUGUCAAGAUUGAUUAAAGAGGGCCCAGCACACACACACAGACUCACACUCACACAACGCUGCACACCAAACAACCAACUGUCCCUGCAAUAUCAUUUGAUCAUUAUACUUAUUGCCUAAUAUUUAUAUAUUUGUAUGUAUAUAUGCAUAUGAAAGCCAAACACUGCAAAAGCGAAAAGAAAGUACAGUCCCUGAUUUGGUUUUAACGCUAGUGUGCUUUGUUUCCUUUUGCCUCCUGCUACGCUUUCAUUGAUAACGACUAAACGAUUGAGAAAAACUUAAUUAACUGCGUUGACGCGAGGAAUGUCUAAUUUAUAUAUGUAUAAUGUAAGAGUAAUCUAAUCUAAGCUAAAGCAAAAACACAAGAAAUUUAAUAAAUUAAGCUAAGUGUAAAUGGAAUUCAGUUAAUUCGUGGGUGC